CGGGUCACCUACUUCCGGAUUAUUUUGUUGUUGACUACAACUCGUACAGUUUUGCUAGGAAAUAUUUUUUUCUUAAACGUGUCGCAGUUAUGUAGACAGCUUCAUAACAGAAGACCAGCAGGCCCUCAAUGAGCCGCGUGUGUCCCCGUGAGGAAAGAGUGGACUGACAGACAAAGAGAGGGAGAGAGACAGAGAAUGUGGCAGAGUCUGGGCUUGACUGUGCUGGUCAUCGUGGCCACUCUCAUCUGCGUGCUGCUCUUCAUGCUCUUCGGUUGGUACGUGGUGUGGCAGCUCUUCCUUUCCAAGUUUAAGUUCCUGCGAGAGCUGGUCGGGGACACGGGCUCGCCACAGGCCGAAACGGAACCCUCGGAAUCGGACAGCGAACGCAGUUCCCCUCCGACGCCCCGCCAUCGAACCAAACCCGCACGCCAAAGAGUCGCUUUUCCAAGCAGCACUACGUAAAUUUCAAGAAAGCACCGUCAAGCUCCAAAAUGAAAUUUAAGAAGCUUGCCCCUUUUAGACCUUGCCAAAAAUAAAGAAAGGGUUGCCAAGCAGAAUUAAAAUGCUUAAUAUCGAUGUGUAUAAUCGUAGUCUAUACAGCAUUUUCCUUGAGUAAAAUGACAGCUUCUCUUCUCACUCCCUGCCUUCACCUCUUCCUCUCCUGUCUUUAGUUUUAUUCCAUUGUCAGAAAGGCACUGUGUUUAUCCUCUUGGUGAUCAGUUAAAGGCGAGUUCUUCUUCGCCAAUCACCUCCAGAAUCUUACAGUUAUAUUGUGAUCCAACCCUCCAACUGUUUUGUGAUCUGAAAAAUGUUUUGACAAAAAGACAAAGCAGACAGUUGGAAGACAUUUAAACUAAGAUUUUUCCGUUUCCGAAGCGGCUCUGACAGGCCCGCUACGCCCCAGAUUGAGUGAGUUGCCAUCAUGCUGCUAACCAUUUCAUUCAUGUUACCGCAUACAGGCUGCUAGGUGAGAGGGAACUGUAAAAGGAGACCUACCAAUGCUCUGAAAGCUAAACAUGUGACGCAAACUGACCAAACAGUCUUAACUUUAUUUACGCUCAACACUUUUUGAUGUCUGACGUGCAAUGCGAAGAGGAACGUACCAAUCAGCUAGCAGAAUAUAGGUCCCUCAACUGUUUUCUUUAACCAUGCUAAAGAUUAAACUUAACAAUCAGAUCUGUUACUAGUCGACUCCACUCCUUCUGAGCGAAAAGCAGCAAGGAAUCUGUUAUAUUUUAUGUUUUAGGAUCAUUUCCGUUAUGACAGCAGCUGUAUUUUUUCCUUCACAAUAAAAGUAUUGGAUAAAAACUUCGGUUACACUA